AUGUUCCUGGUCAUAAACGGCAUCAUCAUCCACACUCUGUGCAGCCGGCCUGUGUUCAGGGAGACAUCGCGGUACAUGCUCCUGCUGAACCUGGUGGUGGCAGACUCCAUCGUGCUCUUCAUGGGACAGUUGUUGUACAUGCAUGGUGCCUUUUUCAUCUUCCUGUCUCUGUGUGGAUUCUACGUCAUGAUCGGCUUCCUGUGCGACCAGAUCGCUCCUCUCACUCUGAUGUUCAUGUCCAUUGAGCGUUACAUUGCUGUUUGUUUCCCAUUUCAUCACCCCACCAUAGUCACCAUGAGGAACACGGCGUUUGUCAUUCUCUGUGUCUGGGGGCUGGGCUGUGUGGACAUGUUUGUUCGGCUGAUGCUCAUUGUUGAAUUCCCCUUCCACCUGCUCCCCAGCCUUCAGAUGAACGUAUACUGCAGCUCCACCGCCUUGCUGCGUGGACCACGAUCCAAGCUCUAUGAGACAGCGUCCACCAUAGCGCUCUUCCUGCUUUCUGCAUCGGUCAGUGCAUUGUCCUUCAUCUGUGUGAUGGUGGUGGCAGUUUCUGCCUCCACAGAUAAGGUCUCUGCAGAGAAGGCUCGGAACACGCUACUCCUGCACAUGUUUCAGUUGAGCCUGAAUCUCAUUUCCACCGUGGGACAGCCCAUCUCCAGGGCCCUGGCUGCUCUGGUGGAACCGCCUCUGUCUGGGCAGAUUAUUUUAUUGGUUUACGUGUUUUUGGGAUGA